AGCAAAAUAAUGAAACUAGGUAGAGCAUUGGGAUACAUCUUGUCCACAGACAAGCUACUGUGACAUAUUGGACAUCACAGCAGUCGACGGGUCAAUUUUAAGAGUCUUGACUUUUGUUCAUAAUAUGGUGAAACCAGGUCAUCUUUGAGGACUGAAGUCAAGGAGAAGCAAUUGUAACCUAUUACGGAACAUGGCAUAGGACUACCAUAUGCCAUCUUCAUAUGCUGUGUCUUCAAAAGAAACAAGGCUCUACAUGAUACUAAUAUUGUCCUUAUACCAUCAGGAAAGCCUAAGAGACAUGGAUCCAUCAGGAGUUUUACUUACGUACUUCUCUGUGCCAUAAAAUUAUGCAGGUGUGGAGAAGCCAAGUGGAAACCUUUAAAAUGUUACGCUGCAUUUUGAAAAAGUAACGAGACAUAAUGAUGGAGGGGUAUUUGCUGUCUCCGUACUCAGUGGAAGAAAGAAAUGAUGAACCAAUAUACAGAGAUUAUAAGCCACCAGCUCUAGAUGCCAUUCAGCUGCCCACCUAUGUCAUAUACCUGCUAAUGGCGGCACUGGUUGUUCUGACUGUGGCAUAUGCAAUUGUUGGACACCUCAUGAAAGACCUUCUUCAUGACAUCGCAGACUGGGCAUUUGGACCAAAAACAGACAACGAGAAGACUUGCGAGAAAGGAAACAGGGAGGAAGAAGAGAAGCAUGAGAUUCAUCUGAACAUGGAUGUAUUUGGAGGCGAGACACAGUGCAGGGACCUGCCAUGUUUGGAUCGAGAUCCCUUCCCCCCACGAUCUGGACAUCGCCAAUCAAUAAUCACCUUUAAAGAGACCAACCACAGUCGUUUCUUCUGAAAAUCUUUCUUUAUGAGAUUUUGGACACUGAACACAGCAAAGUUGGUCAGAGUGAUAUGAACAAAUGAGACCAGAAGUCUGUUAUAUAUUGACAUAGACUUUAGUGUCCAUACGUCUCUGUACAAGGAGCACAUUUGUCUGAAGUCAAAUAUAUAAUAGAAAGGGUCAGCUGAAAACAAUAUCAUGUAAAGAUAGUUUGGCCUCACAACCUUAGAUAAUAUCUAAGGUAAACGUAUGUAGAUGUUACUAGGCUUCCUUGAGAAGUCAGCGUUUUUGCGGCUUAUUUGCUAACUAGUGUGGAAGAUGAUUUAAACUUGAACUCAUUGACUAAACUAUGGAUUAUAAAGUUUUAACUUGGCCUUUCUGCAGAAUAAUUUGCUCAAUGUAUAAAUAAAUACCAAUUGUGUCUGUCAGUCAGUGGAAGCGAGCUUUAGAGGAAUAGUCUCAAGUAAAAACAUCCUUCUGAAACGAUGCAAGCAGGCUAUUUGAAGCUAAAGGGCCAGUAAAAAGUCCCUG